ACCCCCAGCAACUGUUAAAAUAGUCAAAACGUAAACGAUUUUGGCUGCUGACAAUUGUAUUAAAACACCAGAGCAGAAUUUUGAUAGUUUAUGGUAAACGGUAUUGUAUGAUACUAUCCAUCGAAAAUAUAUUUGCUUAUCUUAUCAGACACAAACAUGACAAUUUCUAUAUUAAGUAUAGUAAUGUGUGCCGUUUCAAUUGUUUCAUUUAUUGGACAGAUAUUAAGUGUUCGCUAUCCAAGAUGGUGGACAAUAGAAUCGACUGUUAAAAACGUCACGGAAACAGUACAUUUCGGGAUCUGGGUAACAUUAGACUGCUUUAAUGGCGCAUGUACUGAGAAAAGUUCUAACUCAAAUGGAGAAAAGGCUUGGCUUGAAGGAGUUAAAGUAGUUGAAGUUUUCGCCGUAAUAUUCUUGUUUUCCUCCUCUGUCAUUUCUGCUUUGACGAUAGCAUUGAGAAAAAGGCCGGCGAGAGUUUUGUUAUUAUGGAAAUUAUUCACAGCUUUCAGUGGAGCAGCAGGGACAGUUAUCAUAAUGGGAGUUUUGAUAUUUUUUAAAAAGAAAGCUGGUCUGUCUCCAUCGCAAGCCAUAUCAACGAAAGACGGAAUAGCUGAUUGGUCGAUGAUAGUAUCGUCUAUUUGCGGUGUUUUGUCAAUCGUUUGCAGCGUUUUUAUUGGUUGUAAACUUAUAAUGAAAGACUCUGACAUGGAUGAUGAAACUGAUUAUUCAAAAUGGCAUGAUAGUAUUAAAUCUAAAGAAGAAAGCAAAAAGAAAAAGGAAUUAUCCAAAUUUUAGUGUUUUUGUAGUUACUGUGCACUUUUCUGAUCACAACUGUUUCUCAGUGUUUUUGUACGAAUAAUUUCAGGAAAUGGAAUAAUUUUAAUCAACAAUGAGUGUGUGUUAUAUUGUGGGAAAGGUUAAAAAACAUCAAAUGUGAUUGUUUUCUGAGUUGUUUAUUUUGUUUGCGACAUCAUAUGUUAACAGUCGAUACACAAUAAAAAUGUUGUGUUCCAGUAAAUCAAGCAGUUACUGUUUCUAUUCAGCGUUUAUUUUGUGAUUGUAUGUGAUGUUUAUAUCGGUAAAAUCUUGUCUUUCCCUUGUCGCGUAAAAUAUCUCUCAAUUUCAAAAUUUCACAUUCGGAUAUGUUUCAGGGAUAGAAUUGAAUCAGUGUGGUCUUAGGGUUUAAAAAUAGUCAACUACCAAUCCGCUAUCGCAUGAUUCCCAAUCACUUGAUAUAACUACCAAUCUAUUGUUUAGACGGGUAUCACAUGUAGAGCAGGAUCUGCUUACGCAUC